GCCAUUCCCGAUGUUCAGGAAUGUGGCGAACUGGCUGCUGGCCGGAGGAUGAAGGAAGGGAUUCCAAGAAACCCGAAAGUAGGUCUUCUUUCUUGCCACGGCGCCCUCCUCCCCCGCGAUGCCUCUCUACGGCGGUCUGGUCUUCCCCUCCGGGAUUCGCCUCGAUCUUUAAAUGCACAGCAGCGCACGCCGUGGACAUCUGGUGGCCAACAACAACCCUAAAAUGCCCCAAGUCCCCGGCGCGGCCGAAUAGAAGGCGACUCGCCCGGGCCGCGGCGUCCCCGGCCGUCUCUUGGAUGUACAGGUGCCGGAGGCGGGCGGUGAGCUCUCCAGGGUGCUGAAAACUCGGGCCGCUUCUCCCGCUCAGCACUCGGACAGAACUCUCCCUUUGCCCUCCUGGAUUAAUACAUGACUCGGACAGGGCAGCUGGGGAAGAGGUGGUAACCGAUGCCUCGCCACCGGACCAUGGCCCGGAUUAGAUACCUGCGGGCAGCCGUCUCGGGAUUUUAUCUGUGGGAAGCGGCGGUGCUGCUCAGUUUGGUGGCCACAAAAGAAACAGACAGUGCAAGAUCUCGUAGCAUGCCAAUGUCUCCGUCCGAUUUCCUGGAUAAAUUAAUGGGUCGGAUGUCUGGCUACGAUGCAAGAAUCAGGCCAAACUUCAAAGGGCCUCCGGUAAAUGUCACAUGCAACAUCUUUAUAAACAGUUUUGGAUCCAUUGCAGAAACAACUAUGGAUUAUCGAGUGAAUAUAUUUCUCCGGCAAAACUGGAAUGAUCCACGCCUUGCUUAUAGUGAAUAUCCAGAUGACUCAUUAGAUCUAGAUCCUUCUAUGUUGGACUCUAUUUGGAAACCAGACUUGUUCUUUGCCAACGAAAAGGGUGCAAACUUUCAUGAAGUAACAACAGACAACAAAUUGCUACGGAUUUUUAAAAAUGGAAAUGUUCUUUAUUCUAUUAGGUUGACUUUAAUACUAUCCUGUCCAAUGGAUCUCAAAAAUUUCCCAAUGGAUGUCCAAACAUGUAUAAUGCAAUUGGAAAGCUUUGGAUAUACAAUGAAUGAUCUCAUUUUUGAAUGGCAAGAAAAUGGUGCUGUGCAAGUAGCAGACGGGCUCACUUUGCCACAGUUUCUGUUGAAAGAAGAUAAAGAUCUGUGUUAUUGUACCAAGCAUUAUAACACAGGCAAGUUUACCUGCAUUGAAGUUCGAUUCCACCUGGAAAGGCAGAUGGGUUAUUAUCUCAUUCAAAUGUAUAUACCCAGUCUCUUGAUUGUCAUACUCUCCUGGGUGUCAUUCUGGAUCAAUAUGGAUGCAGCUCCAGCCAGAGUUGCUUUAGGUAUAACAACUGUACUUACUAUGACAACACAGAGUUCAGGGUCACGGGCUUCACUCCCAAAGGUAUCAUACGUCAAGGCUAUUGACAUCUGGAUGGCUGUUUGCCUGCUUUUUGUAUUCUCGGCACUUCUGGAAUAUGCAGCUGUAAACUUUGUGUCAAGACAGCAUAAAGAACUGUUGAGAUUUCACCGAAAGAGGAAGAAGAACAAGGACGAUGAUAUGAGGGAGAAUCGGUUUAGCUUUACAGGCUAUGGAAUGGGCCCACCAUGUAUACAAGCAAAAGAUGGAGUGGCUCCGAAGGGGCCAAAUAAUCCAGUUCAGCCUAUACCAAAAAGCCCUGAAGAAAUGAGGAAGGUAUUCAUUGAUCGGGCCAAGAAAAUUGACACCAUAUCCCGAGCCUGUUUUCCAUUAGCCUUUCUGAUAUUCAACAUCUUUUACUGGGUCAUCUACAAAAUUGUUAGGCAUGAGGACAUUCACCAAAAGCAAGAUUAAGAUUUCCAGUGCAUAACAGCCCUGGUUUCCUGGUACUGUGCUACAAAUCAAUAUACAAAUACUGAUUGGUUCAUAAGGACAUGGAAAGGGGAAAUUGUAUUUGACUUGCUAUGCAAAGUCACAAAGGAAUAGAAGAAUGACAGCCAAUGAAGAUACAGUACCUGCAACACAGCAUUUCUACUUGUUCAUAACUAGAAGUAAACAACUUUUGCAAAGUUAAAUCACAGUGUUCUAGACUACAAGUUUACUGCCGACAAGUUUAUACAUAGUAUUAUAUAAUGGUAAAGUAUUCUUUGAAGUUCCUUGCUACUAUUUUUAAAUCACUUGUAUUUUUAAAAUCUAUUCAAAGGGAUUCCAAAUGUCUUUGGAUAAGUGCCAUAUUAACAGAGAUGCUACUACACUUUAAAAUCUCCUUUAUUGGAAAAUACCUACCUUGUUUCAGAAACUAUAACUAUGUGCUAAAGAGGGGUCCCUGUUAAGUGAUGAAGCACGUUUCCUCAAUUUAAGGGCACUGCCAAUGUUUUUUGUAACAAGCACAGGGCACAUUUUAAGCCCACAGAAAAAAAUUCACACAAAAUAUUUCAUACUGAGACAACCCACAAACAACUUACUUAGUGAGAUCCCACGGAUUUUCCUAGUCAUGUUUCAGUACUACUCUGUAAGAAGAAGUUUGUUGGUUGCCAAUCAUGAUAGACAAAAUAAGCAAGUCUUGGAUUAAUGCUAGGAUUUCCAAGGCUGCUUGCAAUAGGGAAAUAUCUUAUCACAUUAUACAUGAUGAAGAGAGUAAGAGUCAGCGGUCUAGACUUUCUGUCAGCCCCUGUCACUUGUCCAUUGCAAUUGGCUUCCAGUAAGUAUUCUUACCUUCAUAUCUUGGAUAUGAAGGUGGAGGAGAUGUUGGACAUAAUUUGGAGGUGAAUUAAAUUUAAAAUUAUUGAAAUAACAUGGAAUUAAUGCAAAAUGGAUUAUUAUAAAUUAAGUGUCCUUUCAUGAAUUAAUUGCAGGUGCAUAUGUUUUGGAUCUGUCUGUGCAUUCCAUUCUUCACUGAAAGGAUUGACAGAAAGACUUUACUGAACACUCUAUGAAACUUUUUUUCUGCCCUAAACCAGGGUUAGGGGUAGUAAGUGUGCCAAAUUAGAUCUCUGUAUAUGAUGUCAGACCAUGAACAUUUAAGUCUACUUCUAUAGAUCAGCUGUAGCUUCCAAACAAAUAAACAAACAAA